AGGCGAAGGCGCUAGGAGGCUGUAUGACAUUGCCGCUGGACAGAGACUAGCUUCGUUCUCUCCGAAGCCAAGUUGGGCCGCUCGACACACAUCCGUGAUCCCGGACCUCCCAUAAUGCAUGCUCGCAUCCAGGGCUUCCUUUCUUGCCGCCGAACUCAUCGGUCCUUGCAGUUUUCUAUAUAGUCUCAGCCUCCGUCUCCCCUUCAUCUCCUCGAGCUCCCAACUAACACACCCUCUACACAAACACCAAUGGCCGCCUACUUUUCUGCACCAUGGCAAACCCUGCCAGCGGAGAUGAAACUCUCCGUCAUCGAACAACUCGACCUCAAGGACGUUAAGGCUUUUGCCUCCCUCAGCCGCGAAUCCUAUGAAAUCUGUAUACCAUCUCUGUGGCGCUCUGUCGAAUUAAAGAGCUACGAAUCACUGCUUUCCUACGUUCGCAAUGUGCCGCAGGCCUACUUUGCCUAUACUAGGCACCUCAGCAUCUGCACAAAAUCCAUCCAUGACAAUUCACCAAUCAAGCCUCACAAAGCUGAUAGUCAGCUUUUGGCUGAGCUUGUCAUUGAUUUGCUCGCUCACUGCCCCCAGUUGGAGCAGCUGACCUUGAGCAUAGACGGCUCCUUGUCAAAGGACGUUAUCCCAACCUUCCAAAACCUCACCACUCUGAAAGUUCUCUCUAUUGGCAACUGUGGCGAUGAACAGACGUUCCCUCUGAGUGAGAGACUUGUUGUUUCCAUUGCUGGGAGCGUGCCCAAUCUUGUCCACCUCUCCUUGGACCGCAUUGCGCGCUCAGCGAUACAUGCCCCCGAACUCAUCGGGACGUGUCCAUCUAUCCCCGUCGUCGUCGGCGAUGACGACAUUCCUGUCCACUCCACUCUCGGCGCGGAACUCUCUUUACCUGCCCUUCUGCGCCUUCCUACUCUCAAAACCUUACGCAUUCGUGACACCCAUCUGGGUGAUCCAAGAUGGACGGAGAGCCCCGUCUACUGCUCACUUGAGGUCUUGGACCUCGGCAGUUGCUAUCACGAAUCUCAGGAAUUCAAUCGCAUUUGCACUGAGCGCAUCGUUAACAACGUGGGCCAUAGUAUCGAUGAUCUAUCGCUGAACACCGCCAUUACUGGCGACUCGAUCGAAUUCGCAAAGCCGGAGAGUCCUCUCAAACGUCUGCGAAAGAUCCAGCUCACUCCACUCUUCCCUGUCGAAAAUGUUGUCGAUACCUUGACGACUCUAUCAGGCUCUCCUGUUGAACAGCUGUCUGUUCGCUGCUUCGAAGAUGAUGUCGCUGAUAUGUGCACCGCUCUCGAAGAUUUCCUUACCAUGCGCGUAGCGCAGGGCGAGACAGCUCUUCAUCGUCAUCUCAAGGAUAUCAUUGUCCACCCGGUCCAAGAGUUCGAUGACGCCUUGAUCUCGGUUCGAGCUACGGCGUCUCUGAAGGGAGAGCACGCCGAGGCCGUCAAGCGUCUGCAGGAGUACUUGCGUGACCUUCGUCUCGCAGGCAGCGGCCAGUCUACGGACACUUGCACGGAAGUCCUCAAGGGUGAAAUGGGGAAGCACGCGGCUGGCCCGCUUGUGAACGCUAUUUAAGUUCUUUCAGGAGGUACGCGAAACUGCCCUCUAGGGGCAGUGGUUUUUUCUUCUUCCUUAAUUUUCGGUUGCACGGCAGAUACCCCUUCUUUUGGUUAUAGGUUCCGUAUCUUUAUUCGCUUCGUCUGUAUAUACUUAGACAUCCUAGUUGUAUUGUUAUAUGCUAUAUAGUGGUACGCGAAUAUGGUCAUCAAUCCAUCAGUACUAUCAAUGCUUCAGAGAACAACGUUUUUACA